AUGGCUGCUCCGAUCCCCGUCGCCAGCUUCGGCAACAACUCUAAGGUUGCGCAGGACAUCCGCGCCAGGCUUCUCCCUGAAUACGACCUCGCGCACAUCUGCCUCGACCUCGAGACGGCGCAGGCUGAGCUGCCGCUGAUCUGCGCGGGCAACCUCGAGACGGAGCCGUCGUCGGGGCUGGGCAGCAAUGCGGGCGUGCCGGCGACGGAGCGCAAGGUGCCGCGGGCCAUCAUCUUCGGCGGCGGCAUCCCCACAGACGAGAUCCAGCGCGUCCACGACGCCGUGCAGGCCAAGGCCCCCGAAGUCAAGCAAAUCCACCUCACGCGCCAGGACAUCCUCGACGCCGGCGCCACCGGCCCCGACCCCGAGGUCAUCGGCCGCCUGCUACGCCAGAAGCUCGCCGAGCUGGUCGACCAGUCCGACUCAGAUAGCUGA